CGGGGAGGUGGGGGUGACUUCAAAUAAAUUCUCACUUCACUCCCAAAGAUCAUGAGAACCUGGAACCAGAGGGAUGAAAGGCGCGCUGUCUGAAAUCUGACUGGAUUGUCUGCGCGUAAAGACGCGCGCGCGAUGGAUUAACUGAUCAGAAACCGGCACAAAGCCUGAGUUUGAGACCAGUUUGUUGCUCAUCUUUAGCGGCACAAUGAGGAUCCUUAAUCUCCGCUCAUUCAGCCCACCGUAAGUGAGCUUCCAGAAAGUCUCCACGCGCCUUCAGCAGGACUCCGUCUCUCCAUCUUCUUUUAGGACAUGCUGAGUUUGAUUCAGAUCCCUCGCACGCGCGUUUCCCAGUUAUUGUGAACGAUGUGGCGCACCUGUCUGCUGCUGCUGCUGCUCGUCCAGCUGAGCUCACCGGUGGAAGCGAGGAGAGCGCGCAGCGGCCGGACGCAGCCCCGGCGGACGCAGCAGCAGGCUCCAGCGGCCCGGGAGCGCGUGGAAGGACCGGAGAGCUUCCCGUUAGACUUCACCGCCGUGGAGAGCAACAUGGACAGCUUCAUGGUGCAGAUCAAGAACUUGGCGCAGUCUCUGUACCCGUGCUCUGCGCAAAAGCUGGAACAAGACAUGAAGCUGCACUUCACGAAGAACGCGUCAGCGACUUGCAACGACGGGUCACCUGCGGGGUACUACAUCAAAGAGUCUAAAGGCAGCAGGAGGUGGCUGCUCUUCCUGGAAGGUGGAUGGUACUGUUUCAACAAGCAGACCUGCGACAGGAGAUAUGAGACCACCAGGAACCUGAUGAGCUCCGCCAAGUGGCCACAAACCAGAAGAGGAAGAGGGAUUUUGUCUCCGCAGCCAGAGGAAAACCCUCACUGGUGGAACGCCAACAUAGUCUUCAUCCCUUACUGCUCCAGCGACGUGUGGAGUGGAGCCGCCCCGAAAACCAAUCAGAGUGAUUAUGCCUUUAUGGGCUCUCUGAUCAUUAAGGAGGUGUUGAAUGAGCUGCUGACCAAAGGUCUGCAGAACGCCAAGGUUCUGCUCCUGGCAGGCAGCAGCGCGGGCGGUACAGGAGUCCUGCUGAACGUGGACCAGGUUGCAGAACAUCUGGAGUCCGAGGGCCACCGUGGGGUCCAGGUCAGGGGUCUGGUGGACUCAGGGUGGUUCCUGGACAACCAGCAGUACAAAGUGACAGACUGCCUGGACACCAUCAGCUGCGCCCCCACUGAGGCCAUAAAGAAAGGCAUCAGGUUCUGGGAUGGACUGGUACCAGAGAGCUGCAGACAAGCUCACGUUGGAGAGGAGUGGAACUGUUUCUUUGGAUAUAAAAUUUACCCAACGUUAAAACAGCACUGUUCGCUCCGGCUUGUUUGUCCCAUGAACUCCUAACCAGAUCAACCUGGAUGGACAUCCAGGUGAAAGGCACCUCCCUGCCGAGAGCGCUCCACUGCUGGGACCGCAGCCUCCAGAACAAGCUCCACAUCAACAGCAGCCACGUCCACCAAAAACACAAGACCACCCCCACGAGAGGAUGUCCCCUCCAUCUGAUUGACAGCUGCCCAUGGCCACACUGCAACCCAUCCUGCCCCACCAUCAGAGACCAGCUGACGGGACAGGAGAUGAGCGUGGUGCAGUUCCUGAAGCACAUGGGCUUCGACGUGAAGAAGAUGGCUCAGCAGCAGGGGAUGGACCCCAGGACACUGCUGGGCAUGCUCAGUGAUGGAAGCUGAGCUGCAGUUUGUAAAAAAAAAGUAUCUGAAAGCUGGUUUGUAAGAAAAGAAAAACUGCACUUCAGAGGAAGAACAUUUUUCUUGCAUAAAAAAAUCUCUGUGACUGAACAAUUCAAACACGAGUGCCUCACAAAGUCUUUUUGUGUCAAAUACAACCAAACCAAAACAUUUCAGCUGUUUAUAUGGAUCCAUCAGAUCAGACUUAGAUACACAGAUAUGGUUUUACUCUGUGUGACUCUCUCUCCCACAGCCUUUAGAAGUUGCACAGGUAAGAACUGAAGUGAAAACAUUUCAGUUUGAUUUGAUCUGAAUGAAUCAGGUGGGAAUUUGGUGCUCAAAAAAUAAAUAAAAUAAAAUAAAAUAUCCAGUUACAGAUCCAUGCUGCUGAAACCACUCACCAAAUAUGCUGCUUUUUAAAAAAAUAAUAAUUUAAUGGGUUUCAUUUUCAAAUAAAAUUUUAUAUUAUUUGUU